CGCCAAAAAGCCAAUUCAAGGACCCAGAUAUGGAGCGGGCCGGAUUUCGCAGGUAUUUAAAGGAGCUGCAGAUCCUGUUUGCCAACUAAGUUUUUAAAUUUCACUUGGUAUCCUUUUUUGCGGAGUAUUUCGAUAUGAGUCGGUUAAUUGAUAAUGAGCCGAAUACGCAGGUGAAGCCCAUGCGGGUGUUGUGUAUGGGUAUGGCGCGGACGGGGACAAAUUCAAUAACCAUCGCCCUCCGCAAACUUGGCCUAAACCCCUAUCACGGCUCGGAAUGCUUCAAAAACCCACCCCGCGACUUCAACCUCUGGAUCGAAGCCCUACAAUGCAACUUCUUCAACCCCGGUGACAAAAAGCCCUAUGCCCGCGAAGAAUUUGACCGCCUCCUCGGCCCCUACGACGCCUGUCUAGAUAUCCCAGCAUGUAUGUUCUGGGCGGAUCUACACCGUGCAUACCCGGAUGCGAAAAUCAUCCUGACGAAACGCGACGUGGACUCGUGGGUGAAAUCGGCCAACAAGACUGUUUUCAAUUUCGUGCAGAUGCCGUUUUUCAGGUUCUGGCAGUAUGUCGAUUCGACGUGUAUCGGGCCGCUGUAUCAGAUGUCAGAUCUUGUGUGGAGGAUUUUCUGUAACGGGGAUUUUCGCGAGGAGGUCACGAAGCAGAAGUAUUUAGAGCAUUAUGAGAAGAUUCGGGCUGCUAUUCCGAAGGAGCAGUUGCUGGAGUUUGAGAUUGGGAAAGAUGGGUGGGAGGAAUUGUGUGGGUUUUUAGGAGAGGAGGUGCCAGAUGAGCCGUGGCCGAAAGCGUAUCCGACAGCGGAGUUCCAGGAGCAUAUUGAUAUUGCGCGGAGGGAGGCUUGGUGGACCAUUGCAAGGUGGCUGGGGAUGGGGGUCGUAGGUGCAGUGGGGACGUUGGGCUGGUUGUAUUAUCAGGGUUAGCCGUGAUUGGGUAUACUACCCUACAGCUAAAAUGAUAUGUAUCUAUAAUAUAGGAGUUCGAGCGGAAUGCUGCAAAAUCGUGGCAUCAUAAGCUACUUUAUCAACUCUCCAGUUUCUAACAUCGCUGUGUUCUCUGCAUAAUAUGCACGCCGUAUUGAUUAAUAAUCUGCACAAAUCUAAGUACAAUGACGUCAUU